UCAUGGAGACAUUUAAAUUUCCAUUAGGAAGUCCAACAUAAUCUUAAACAAAUUUUCCACUCAAUGAACCAAUAUUGUAAUUAAUUGAAUGAUCUUCAUUAGCUUAUUACAAAGUAAUAGAUAUAUUUGGAUCAAACCUUGGAAAUAUACAUCCUUCACAUGUUUGAUUUGAUAUCCAAGUUGUCUAAGAGUGCUUUCAUAUAUUAAUACCACUGAUCCUGUG